AUGGUCAGCUAUAUGAAAGGCUACGAACUCGAGCCCAUUGAGUCUGAUCGGGGAUUCAGUUCUUCAUGUACCAGAGACAAACUGAUCAUCAGGCGGGAAUAUGGGAAUUUGACCACUGAGGAGAGAGCUGAAUACGUGAAGGCUGUUCAGUGUAUCAUAUCAAAGCCCAGCAAAUUCUCGGCAGGUCAAGUCCCCGGAGCCAAGAACCGAUAUGAUGACUUCGUUGCGGUCCACCUCCAACAAACGCUGAACAUCCAUGGAACGGCAAACUUCCUUUCAUGGCAUAGAUACUUCACUUGGGCGUACGAAAACGCGUUAAGGACUGAAUGUGGAUACGAGGGGUCACAGCCUUAUUGGAACUGGGGAAAGUACGCAGAUUUGCUUCAAUCACCAAUCUUUGACGGGACGAACACAUCUAUGGGAGGUAAUGGAGACUAUGUCGCACACGGCGGCCAUGCCGCCGGACAAGCGAAUGUCAUGGUGCCAGCUGGUAAAGGCGGUGGAUGCAUCUCGACCGGUCCCUUCAAGAACAUGACUGUCAACUUGGGACCCAUGUCAAUUGCUAUCGAUGUUAAGAUCCCAACGAACCCUCAGUCAGAUGGCCUUGGGUACAAUCCUCGAUGCAUAAGGCGAGACAUCACAGACUACUUCACCAAAUCAUACCUCCGGACUAAAGAUGUCCAAGCCCUUAUCACGCAACCCACCACAAUCCUAGCAUUCCAAGAUCAGAUGCAGACUGAUACGGCAUCGAAGUUCGGAGUACACAGCGCCGGCCACUUCUCGAUCUGGGGUGACCCAGGAGGUGAUUUUUUCAUUAGCCCUGGAGACCCAGCCUUCUUCCUACACCAUGGUAUGAUUGAUAGGGCUUGGUGGAUCUGGCAAAAUCAAGAUCCAUCGAAACGGGUUAUGACAGUUGGAGGAAGCACUUCAAUGUUUGGUGGCAGCACGGGAACGUUGAAUGAUAAGGUCGAUCUCUCAGUUGUGGGCUCAGGACUAGCAAUCAAGGAACUUGUGAGCACCACUGCUGGGCCUUUCUGUUACGCUUAUCAGUAA